GCGCGUCAUCCAAUGAACGCGCGUCCCGGCGUGACUCACCCCUUCUCUCUGUCCAAUGGCGGUGCUCUUGAGAGGCGGGCCACAGGAAGCACACUUGGUUGAAAGACCAUUAAAGCAGCAAUCAGCGGUAAAUGUGUUAUGAUGCCACGCUCCAAACAGACACCGAGAGGAUUGUCCGGGGCUGCCGAGGGAGAGCGCUUCUGCACCGGGUAGGCGCUUCACGAAAUGCCGCAUCUGUUGCUACUGCUGUGCGUAACCGCCGCGGAGGAGGCUGAAAAUCAGAUCAGUGGUCGCUCUCUGGGGGUUUGAGCAAUGAUGGACAGCUGUUGGACAUCGAUUGAGGGAUGAAUUAAAGGUGCGGUAGUUCAGGAUCACACCAUGGACCGAGGGGCUGUGUUCUCUGGCUGCGUGAAGUGGACGAGGAGGUGGAGGAGGAGCGGCUGACUUCUCCUCUCUGCUCCGAUCAGCACAAGUGUGAAGAGGAUUCGUGAUGAUGCUUUUUGGUCAAAACGUGAGGCUCCCGCUGCCGUCCAGCCUCAAAUGUUUGGCCGAGACAGGUGCAUGAAGACUUGUCAACAUGAGAUUCCUUUUUUCUUUUUAGUAUUUCAAUCCACCUUCGUCUUUUCUGGGUACAAUAAAUACAGGAAACAUGUCAGCAGAUGUAUAACGGAUUCGUAAUUGAUGGUGCUGCGCUAUGAUCUCUGGGGACUAUCUGAGUUGUGUAAUGAUUUUUAUUCCAUCUACAACAAUCUCUCCACGGGUAAUGCUUAAUUGGGCCCAAUGAUGUAGAGUCAAAUCCACCUGGAUCUCAUGUUCCCUCCUCCUGUGGCGAAACUGGCUCCCCCGUGACUUUUGCGCAUGUUCAAUUGUUUUUGUCCCCAGAGCUUCUCUCGAGGUUGUUGCUUUGGAUUAUUCCAUUCCAGAUAUUGUAGAAUUUGCCUCAAAAAGUGGAGAUUUAACUGUACUGGCUUCACAUGCGCAAAACAUGGGAAAUUCUGUUCAUAAAAGAUGUUUAAUGUGCCUCAUCCUUGGCACCAAAUAGUUCCCUGACUUUAUUUCUCAGUGGAACAAAAACUUUUCCCAUAGAGUUUAAUUCCUCAGGCGCAGCCCUGUGCUUCUGCUCUCCACAUGUCCAGAUCAAACAGUGUCAGCCCACCCGGAGUCGGUGCGCCCGGGCUGAGGGGAGGGACCGAACACAGAUCAGCUUGGGGAGAAUCUGAGUCUGUGGCCAACGGGUGCCCAUACUCGGCCAGAUCCCCGCGCAAGAAGCUCACCCGGACCAACAGCCGGUGGAGGGAGGAGGAUGAUCUGGAGAACCGGCCGGGCGGGCGAACCUCCACCGCAGUCAGCAGGGUCAGCUUCAGGUCUAGAUCGGCUUGGCAGGACCAUGGCGAGGAGAGCCGAGACAACAACCGCGCAUCCAGCAAGCGUCCAGACGGCGAGGUGAGACCCAAGUCCGUGGAGCUGGGUCUAGAAGAGCGCAGAGCCAAGCCGAGGACCGACGAGGAGGAGGUCAUGCCUGAAGUUAACUUUUCUCUGGUGGCCUGCUGCACCAGUGUCAUGCACAUUUUCAAAUCCAAGAAAUUCCAGUCGGAGAAGCUGGAGCGACUCUACCAGCGCUACUUUUUCCGCCUCAACCAGAGCAGCUUGACUAUGCUCAUGGCAGUACUCGUGCUGGUCUUCACAGUCAUGCUGGGCUUUCACUGCUCCGGUGGGACCGCGGGGCCGAGCGUCACUUUCGUUGUGGUGUUUUCCGUGGCCAUCUUCCUUAUGCUCGUACUUAUGGUGGUGUGCAACAGGAACGGCUUCCACCAGGACCAUAUGUGGGUGGUGUGCUAUGUGGUCAUCCUGGUGGUACUGGUGAUCCAGGUGAUCGGAGUACUGCUCGUUCAGCCCAGAAGUGCCUCGGAGGGGAUCUGGUGGACCGUGUUCUUCAUCCAUGUCAUCUACACUCUGCUGCCCGUCAGGAUGCGCGCCGCAGUCAUCACUGGAGUUAUACUUUCUGCCGUCCACGUGGCUAUUUCUUGGAUGUUAAACGGAAUGGACAGCUUUCUGUGGAAACAGAUAGUGUCCAAUGUCUUGAUCUUCUCCUGCACCAACAUUGUGGGAGUUUGCACCCAUUACCCUGCUGAGGGCUCCCAGAGGCAGGCCUUCCAGGAGACCAGAGAGUGCAUCCAGGCUCGCCUGCACUCGCAGAGGGAAAACCAGCAGCAGGAGCGUCUCCUGCUCUCAGUACUUCCCCGCCAUGUUGCCAUGGAGAUGAAGGCCGACAUAAACGCCAAGCAGGAAGACAUGAUGUUUCACAAGAUCUACAUCCAGAAGCACGACAAUGUCAGCAUCCUUUUUGCAGACAUCGAGGGUUUCACCAGUCUGGCCUCCCAGUGCACAGCACAGGAGUUGGUGAUGACUCUCAAUGAACUUUUCGCCCGGUUUGACAAGCUGGCAGCGGAGAACCACUGUCUGCGGAUCAAGAUCCUGGGUGACUGCUACUACUGUGUAUCAGGGCUGCCAGAGGCCAGAGCCGACCAUGCCCACUGCUGUGUGGAGAUGGGACUGGACAUGAUAGAGGCCAUCUCGCUGGUACGGGAGGUGACGGGGGUGAAUGUGAACAUGCGAGUGGGCAUCCACAGUGGCAGAGUUCACUGUGGGGUUCUGGGACUCAGGAAGUGGCAGUUUGAUGUUUGGUCCAACGAUGUCACACUAGCAAACCAGAUGGAAGCUGGAGGCCAAGCUGGGCGUAUCCACAUCACUAAAGCUACUUUGAAUUACCUGAACGGCGACUACGAUGUGGAACCAGGAGCAGGAGGAGAAAGAAACACCUACCUGAAGAAGAACAGCAUAGAAACCUACCUCAUUGUUGGCUGCAGUCAAAAAAGGAAAGAGGAAAAGGCAAUGAUUGCCAAAAUGAACCGACAGAGGACCAAUUCUGUCACCCACAACAGUGGCCACUGGACCGACCGUCCCUUCUACAACCAUCUGGGCGGAAACCAAGUCUCGAAGGAGAUGAAGAGGAUGGGCUUUGAGGACCCCAAGGACAAGCAUUUCAUUUUCAGAAACACACAGGAAAACCUGAACCCAGAGGAUGAGGUGGACGAGUUCCUGGGCCGAGCCAUCGACGCCCGGAGCAUCGACCGGCUGCGAUCGGAGCACGUCAAGAAGUUCCUGCUCACCUUCAGAGAGCCUGACUUGGAGAAGAAGUAUUCUAAACAGGUGGACUCCAGGUUUGGAGCUUACGUCGCCUGCGCCUCCCUCGUCUUUCUCUUCAUCUGCUUCAUCCAGAUCAUCAUCAUGCCAUUUUCCAGGCUGAUGAUCGGCUUCUUCAUCACCUGCCUCAUUAUCCUGACGGCCGUCAUGUUCGUCUCGGCUGUUUACUGCUGUUUCGGGAUCUUUCCGGUUCCUCUGCAGACUCUUUCGAAAAGGAUUGUCCAGUCCAGACUCAACAGCACGUUGGUCGGCGUCUUCACCAUCAUCGUCGUUUUUCUUUCUGCUUUCAUUAACAUUUUCACCUGCAGCAGCAACGACCUGCGGAGCUGCAUCAAAGCGGAGCUGAACAUCAGCCUGGACAGUGUGAACGCCUGCCAUGCUCACCUCCUCAACUACAGCCUGGACGCUUCAAACAGCCCCUGUGAAGACGAUGCUCUCAUCUGCAGCUUUCCUGAGUACUUCUCGUCCUGUGUGCUGCUCAGCCUGCUGGCCUGCUCAGUGUUCCUGCAGGUCAGCAGCAUUGGUAAACUCUUCCUCAUGCUCUUCAUUGAGCUGCUCUACCUGCUCAUCAUGGAGGUGCCCAAAGUGAGCCUUUUCGACAACCAGGACCUACUGGUUAUGGCCAAUGCCAUCAACCCUGUCGAGCAACUGAAUGGAACAAGCUGCGUGAUCGACACCAAAGUUCCUCUGAAGAUCAUGACUCCAGUGGUGAUCACAGUGUUCGUUCUGGCUCUCUACCUUCAUGCCCAGCAGGUGGAGUCCACAGCCAGGCUGGACUUCCUCUGGAAGCUGCAGGCCACAGAGGAGAAGGAGGAGAUGGAGGAACUUCAGGCCUACAACCGGCGUCUCCUCCACAACAUCCUGCCCAAAGACGUGGCCGCUCACUUCCUGCAGCGUGAGCGGCGAAACGACGAGCUCUACUACCAGUCCUGUGAGUGUGUCGCUGUCAUGUUCGCCUCCAUCAGUAACUUCUCUGAGUUCUACGUGGAGCUGGAAGCCAACAACGAGGGGGUCGAGUGUCUUCGGCUGCUCAAUGAAAUCAUUGCCGACUUUGAUGAAAUCAUCAGCGAGGAUCAGUUCCGCCAGCUGGAGAAGAUCAAGACCAUCGGCUCUACCUAUAUGGCAGCGUCCGGCCUCAACGACUCCACGUACGACAAGGCCGGGCGCUCGCACAUCCGAGCACUGGCUGACUACGCCAUGAGGCUGAUGGACCAGAUGAAAUACAUCAAUGAACACUCCUUUAACAACUUCAAGAUGAAAAUAGGUCUUAACAUUGGUCCGGUAGUUGCUGGGGUAAUUGGAGCCAGGAAGCCUCAGUACGACAUCUGGGGGAACACUGUAAAUGUGGCGAGUCGCAUGGACAGCACAGGUGUACCGGAGAGGAUCCAGGUGACCACCGAUCUGUACCAGGUACUGAGCUCCUAUAAUUACACACUGGAAUACAGAGGCGUGGUCACAGUCAAGGGCAAAGGGGAGAUGAUGACCUACUUCCUCACCAAUGGACCCUCCAGCAGUUAACCCACAUUGAGUGACAGACACAUAACAGGUUAAGCGCCUUAUGACAAAACAAGCAGGCUCACAGACUUCUGAUAACUUUCGGCGGACGGAGACUUACUCUCUUCUCGCAGCACCGAACCCUUCUCAAGCCCACAAUGGAUGAGAGCCUUCAUCCCAAAGCUCAGCUUGCGGAAGAGCUUACGGGUGGCAGAGGCCUUGCUAGCUUGAAUCUGCCGUUGAGACCAAAGAUGUCCAAUCAGAGCGCAAAGACAAAUUUCGGUCACGAAGGAAUAACGUUCUAUUAGAAAUUUGAUUCACUUCAAUCUACCGAAGGGUUUUUGGACAAACCUUGCAGGAGGACAUAAGCUACAUCACCUCCUCUCUUUCUUUCUGCCUUUCACCUGGUGAAGUAUAUAUAGUAUGUACAUGUAAAACGCAGAAGGUUUUAUGUGUAUGUAUUUGAUUUCAUAUACUGUUUGUAAAACACUUUGUCCAUGUUGUUGUGAUCCAGGUACAAAUCUCGAAAAUGUGGACACUAAGCCAGCACUGCAGCACUAUCCGUCCUGCUAUCGAUAUCUAAUCACAUCAAGUAAUUAACAGAUUGAUGGAGUCGCAGCAAGUUAUGUCUUCUUGCUGAAGAGUGCAAAUGAGGAGAUCCCUCUUCGACUGUACAGAGAGAAGAUGCUACCCAGUGUUUACAGAAAGCUUCCGAUCAGACGUGUGAAAUCACAACCUGCUAUGAUAGUAUCAACAGCAUAUAAACACACUAAGAGGAUGUCAGCGAAGAGCUUUUUCUAAUCUUCAAAAUUUUUAUAUUUUGACUUCGGAACACCAACCCUAUGAGAUAUUUUAAGAUUCUAUAUUUUGUACCUUAAUACAUUAGAGAGCUAUCUAUUAACACCAGUGUGUAUUCAGAUGUACAUACUGUAUAACUCUCAUGUUGGGAUUUCAGUAGUGCUCACUGGUGUUGCCUGAUCACAGCCACAGCUAAUGUGCCAUUUAGCUUUAGCAGAUCGACACUCCUGAAUGCCCUUUUUUUUUGUCUUGCUCUUUUCAGCGAAAUUGAGCAUGUUCGAUCGACAGGAAGCCCGCCGUUUGUUGAUUAGACGCCAUUCAUGAUGAUUUCCUAUCGUUGAUGUGUUUCAAUCUCACGGUAAGAAGAAAGUGUCAAAUUGAGCAAAGGUGUGCUUUGAAUGACAGACUGGAGGAUGGAAAUGCAUCAGUUUCUGGUGCCCAAAAAAGCCAUUUUGCACUGCAGUGCUUUCAGCCGUCCACCUGUCCACCGACCCACUCUUGCUUGCUCAAUCAGAUGGUACGACCCAAUGAAUGUCCAAUGAUCUCCGAUGAGGCCUUUAAUAUGGACUCUGUUCUGACAAUGGUGAAGAUUCUCUUCCUGUGGACAGAUGAGCUCGUGUGGAAAUGUGCCCUUUCAUCUGCUGUUUUCUUUUCUCAUCCAAGCAGUUUUCUCCAGUAUUACAUCAUUUCUCAGCAUGUCAUCAGACAAACUGACCUGUUGUAUAGACUUGAGCAAUUUUAGCAAUGUUAUGACCAGAUGCUGCAUCUGGUUUAGUUUGUCUUGGCUAUCUUAGUUUAUCUCAUGCCAGGUUUUCAAAAAUAAUUCAAUCAAAGCUUCAAAGGAUCUCAUGAAAAGACCAAAAUCUACAUGCAAAAUCUUCAAUGCUUUCUGAUAUCCCUUAUGCAUUUUCAUAUGCUGCAUUUCCUGUGAAAACAAACAUUGCUCACACUGGAUUUGUGCAUAUUAAUUAGGACUGUAGCUAUAAAAUCCAUAUUGGUGUGUCAGGCUGGUAAUUAUUUACUGCACUGGGAUGUUAUUUGUGACUCAGAAUGAACUGCAGUGCCAUUGUAAUAAUUAGGCUUAGUUCUGUUUAAAUGCUGCCUAUAAAUAAAGUGAAUUUUUACACACUUGCCAGAAAUUAAUUAAAUUUGAAUUGAAAUGAUGCAUAUGCAAUAAUAAAAGACUAGGAGAGCACUCAGAGAGCGCAGACCUCCGCCAAAGCCAUUAGUCCACUCUUCUGUGCGAUUUCACAACCCAAACUGCUUCCACACCUAAAUUUAACGGGUUGUUUCUUCCACUUUUCCAUCAAAUUUCAUGAAAAUUGGGAUGUUAGUUUUUGCAUAAUGCUGCUGACUGACAAUGAAAAUGUUACCUCCUUGGCAGAGGCAAUAAUUAAAAGGUAAUUAGAAUGCAAAGAGGAGCAGCUUAUGCUCUGAUUUGCCAGCAGCAGUGUGUUGACAGGAGUCAGGCCAGUCAGACCCCGGCUGCUGCUCAGUCGGUUGGAUUUCAGUGUAUUUUUAUAUAAUAUAUUGACUAUUUUUAAUGAACACAGUACAUAUUUAAACAAGAAGCAAACAUUUUACCAUGUACUGAUAAAUGGAAUCACAAACAAUUUAGAAGCAUUUUAAAAAAUAUUUUGUGAAACUGCUUAAAGGCAGAAUUUGCGAAUAAUUAAUAAAUAGAAGUUAGAAAAUUAAAAUAUUUGAUCUUUUUGAGGUUAGAUUUGGAUAAUAUUAAUGCAAAUAUAAUCCAAAAAGUUAGCUUUUAAAGACUCAUCAAUGUAUUUUUAUUCAAGUUUUUUUCAGUGACACACUCCAUGCUUUCUGUGUCAUUGUCAAAACUGUAUAAUGCUCACUAAUGAAUUUUAAUGUAUUUUUUCAGAACAAAGACAUUUUGUAGUACAGAGGCGUAAGAUAUAUUAGUACACUGCUCAAAAAAAUUGAAGGAACACUUUUUAAUCUAAGUACUGCAUCAAGUCAGUCAAACAUGUGGAAUACUGAUCUGGUCAAGUAAGUAACAGAGGAGGUUUUUAGUCAGUUUCAGCUGCUUUGGUGUUCAUGAAAUUAACAACGGGUGCACUAGAGGGGUAACAAUGAGACAACCCCCAAAACAAGAAUGAGUUUACAGGUGAAGGCCACUGACAUUUUUUUCCUUCCUAAUGUUUUCUGACUGUUUUUCACUAGUUUUGCAUUUGGCUAGGGUCAGAGUCACUUCUGGUAGCAUGGGGCGAUACCUGGACCCUACAGAGGUUCCACAUACAGUCCAACUCCUCCAGGAUGGCACAUCAGUGUGUGCCAUUGCCAGAAGGUUUGCUGUGUCUCCCAGCACAGUCUCAAGAGCAUAGAGGAGAUUCCAGGAGACAGGCAGUUUGUCUAGGGGAGCUGGACAGGGCUGUAGAAGGUCCUUAACCCAUCAGCAGGACAGGUAUCUGCUCCUUUGUGCAGUAAGGAACAGGAUGAACACUGCUAUAGCCCUACAAAAUGAGCUCUAGCAGACCACUGGUGUGAAUGUCUCUGACCAAACACUCAGAAAGAGAUUUAAUGAGGGUAGUCUGAGGGCCCGACGUCCUAUAGUGGGCCCUGUGCUCACUGAUCGGCACCGUGGAGCUCGGUUGGCAUUUGCCAUAAAACACAGGAACUGGUAGGUCCACCACUAGCGCCCUGUGCUUUUCACAGAUGAGAGCAGGUUGACCCUGAGCACAUGUGACAGACAUGAAAGGAUCUGGAGAAGCCGUGGAGAACGUUAUGCUGCCUGUAACAUUGUUCACUGUGACCGGUUUGGUGGUGAGUCAGUGAUGGUCUGGGGAGGCAUAUCCAUGGAGGGACGCACAGACCUCUACAGGCUGGACAAUGGCACCCUGACUGUCAUUAGGCAUCAGGAUGAAAUACUUGGACCCAUUUUUAGACCCUACAUUGGUGCAGUGGUUCUGGAUUCCUUCUGGUGCACGACAAUGCCCGGCCUUAUGUGGUAGGUAGGAGAACUCAUGCAGUUCCUGGAGGAUAAAGGAACUGAUACCAUUAGCUGGCCCCCAUGCUCACCUGACCUGAAUCCAAUAGAACACCUUUGGAACAUUAUGUUCUGUUCCAUCCAACACCAUCAGGUUGCUCCUCAGACUGUCCAGGAGCUCAGUGAUGCCCUGGUCCAGUUCUGGGAGGAGAUACCCCAGGACACCAUCUGUUGUCUCAUUCAGAGCUUGUCCCAACAUUGUCAGACAUGGAUACAAGCACAUGGAGGCCAUACAAACUACUGAAUACCAUUUUGAGUUGCUGCCAAGGAAUAUCAGAAAGUUGAAAAAGCCUGCCACAUCAGUUUUUCAGUUUGAUUUUGGGGUGUCUUGAAUUUAGCCCUCUUGGGGGUUGAUAAUUUUCAUUUUACAUCAAACAAUGUGGCAUCUUUUCAUUCCUAACACAUUAUCCAGUCCAUAUCAAUGUAAAUAUCCAUUUCGUUUUUCCCAGGCGUGAACUAACCAUGACGUCACCCAUUGGUUUCAACGCCGAGAAAAUGAAGCCCGGAUUUUACUACUUCCUGGUCGCCAUUUUGGAUUUUUUUGGAGCUAGUGACGUAAAAAGCGUUAUCAAACAGGUUGGACCGGAGAGCAACUCGGGGCAGGACCAGUCUAUGGGCGGGCCAGACUGAGAGCUGAAGAUAGCCACGCCCCCUGCCUCCACCAACUUUAACGAUUUAUUUAGAAUUCAGUAUUUUUUUAUUUUAAGAUCGGCCAUCUGAUCUCUCAUUUUGACCAUGAAAACUAACGGGAAAAAAAUCCUGAGCUGUAGAAAGUCAGUCUAUCAAAUUUUAUUUUUUCCGGUGAUGAAUUGGGGUCUAUGGAGCAAAAGCUUGUUGGAGCCAACCCUAGCGGACGGCGUGAUAUUGCGAGUUUUUGACACUUCCGGGUGGGCGUCAUUUUUGGAGCCAGAUGCUACGUCCAUCUUUAUAUACAGUCUAUCAGUUUUCCCCCACAUUGAAAUAUGAUGUUUUUUAAAAGUGUUCCCUUAAUUUUUUUGAGCAGUGUAUAUUACUCCACUGACAAUACUUAUUUAAAAGAUCUUUACAGUUUGGUCUUUUCAUGGGAUUUUGUUGACAGUAAAAAAAAAAAAAAAAAGAAGAAGCUAUCAAUUACACUUAUCUUUAAAAUCCUGGUGGCUUUUCUUUUACUUUCCUUUAUUAAAAAAGGACUAAAGAAGGAUGGCAUUUGUCCACAAUGUUUGUUUUGAGCCUGUGGAAUGAGGAAAACUCUGCACUGGUCUGCUCUGGUGGUUUUUUGUCUUGUUAAUAUACUGUACUGUUGCCACCAUUAUCUUUACACGCAUUAUUUAAAAAUUCACCCCAUUUGACCCAUUGAUUGCAGUGCCCUUCUGCGCCCAUGUGAGCCCCUUUCUGUUGUACUGUUUGCUGUGCAUGAAUGUGCCACUGGAGAACGUGAGGUGUUGGAGAGAAGGCACAAAUCAGAGAUGAUGGGAUGAGUUUGUACUUUCUGGAAGAUUAGGGGAAGAUCACAUGCUUUUUAUUUCUGCAGCUGAGGAUGCUCAUAAUGACAUGAUGAAGGUGAAGCAGUGUCUGACAAAAACAGCUUCAGAGACAAAACCAUGGGUUGUUUUUUGUUGUCAUGCUAAACACUAUGCUCCUUUUUUUUUUUACAGUAAAAUAAACUGCUGAGAUGUUUCACAGGUA